CCUUUAUUUGUUGAACUGCAUUAAUAUUUAGUGAAUUAGUAAACGCUGUGGGCUAUAUGUGGUCAUAUGCUGUUCUGUUUUGGGAUUUCCACAAUUUCCGUUUGCUUUUACGAAGUAUUACGUAUAGACACAGUUUAGGGGAAUCGAAAGUGAAAGAUGGGCGUUUAAAACCCGUGUCUGACUGCGGCCUUUUUUGGUUAGAAGCUGUUUCACAAGCCAGGACUGUUCUCUUCAUUUGCUCCAAAACAAAUCGGCACUGAGCUGGGUUUUAAAAAUGACUUCUUCUAUGCCCGAUGAAACCUGGUUUUGGCUAAUAGAUGAUUGUUUUCGGAACAGAAUAAGGAGACUUAUUCAAGUAGAGCCCGUCCUGGAUCAUAUCAGCUUCAUAGAACGGGAACAAAAAGAAAUGAUAAUUGAAAAAGCAAAGAAUGCGGGUAACAUCCGAGCUGCAGAUCUCCUUCUUGAUACAAUAAUCAACAGGAAACCACGUCCUGUCGGCUGGUAUAGGGAAUUUGUCAAUGCACUUCGGCUUGGAGGUUGUAAACAUGCUGCAGUUUAUGUGGAUCCAGACGAACUCCCAGCGCCUUCUUUGGAAGCUGAAAAUGAUCACUGCAUUCACCUCAUAGAGCUCCUUGUUCCUAAUCUUGUAGACAAAAUGAAAACUACAGACGUCAGUUUAUGCUGUUAUACACUGGAUAUACUGACUACUGAAGACAAGGAAAACAUUUUGACAGAAUGUGCAAACAAUGGAAACAGAAGUGGUGCGCGAUUGCUUCUAAGAAGAAUAAUUCAGAAGCCACCUGGUUGGUUUUCAAACUUUCUGAAGGCGCUAGAAAAGACAGGACACAAGGAUCUUGCCCAGGAACUCACAGGUGUACCCCUUGAAGAGCCAUCACAAGAGGAUAUCACAGAUGAAGGCAAUGAGUCUGGAGUUCUGAGGGAUCACCUCUCUGAAAAUAAGGAUGGAGAAGAAAACAGUUCCAUCUCUCAUGAAAAUGAAGAGACACUGAAUAGUAGUGUGGACAGCGUUGACAGAUGUUUAGAUGAAUCCAUUGAUGAUGCAUCUAUACAUUCAGUUUCAGACCUGUACUCAGAUGGUCCCGAAGGUGAGAAGCAGGAAGAACUGACCGUGAAUGGAAACAGUUUGCAAUCCAAUGACUUCUCAGAGUCAGAUUCCAGUGCUGGGGGUUUUCAAGAAGCUGAGAUUGUUCUUCGAGAUUAUCAGAUGGAGGUAGCAAAACCAGCAUUAGAAGGCAAAAACAUCAUUAUAUGCCUACCAACAGGAAGUGGGAAAACCAGGGUUGCAGUCUACAUCACAAAACAACAUCUGGACAAGAGGAGAAUACAAAAACAUCCUGGGAAAGCUAUAGUUCUAGUGAACAAGGUGCCUCUGGUGGAGCAGCAUUACCGCACAGAGUUUGGCAAGCACCUAAAAAGCCAGUACAAGGUGGAAAGAGUCAGUGGAGAUUCACAACUGAAAAUCUCCUUCUCUGACAUUGUCAAAAACAAUGAUAUUAUUAUCUGCACGGCACAGAUUCUGGAAAACUCCUUUUCACAGGCAAAAAAUGAGGAAGAUGAAGGGGUUCGUAUGUCAGAUAUCUCCCUCAUUGUGAUAGAUGAAUGCCAUCAUACUCAGAAAGGAGGAGUAUAUAACAAUAUCAUGACACGCUACUUAAAGCAAAAGAUGAAAAAUGAAGAACUCCGGAAAGAGAAUAAGGAGCCUGUUCCCAUUCCUCAGAUUCUGGGGUUAACAGCAUCGCCUGGGGUUGGGGGUGCCAAGAAUUCACAGAAAGCAGAAGAGCACAUCUUAAAAAUCUGUGCAAAUCUGGAUGCAUACAAAAUAAUGACAGUGCAGAUAAAUGCCGGAGAACUAGGAGAAAAAGUAAAAGAGCCAUACAAAAAGAUUGCAAUUGCUGAAGAGAGAAAAGAGGAUCCUUUUGGAGAUCUAAUUAAAAGAAUUAUGCAAGAUAUACAUGAACACAGCAACCUGAAACCAUCUUCAGACCCAGGCACUCAAAACUAUGAGCAAUGGGUAGUUCAGAAGGAACAAAAAGCUGCAAAAGAAGAAAACCAAAAAGUUCGGGUCUGUGCUGAGCAUCUGCGUAAAUACAAUGAGGCAUUGAAUCAAAAUAACACAAUUAGAAUGUCAGAUGCCUUUAACUUUCUGAAGAAAUUUUAUGAUGAAGAAAUAAGAAACAAAAUUCGGCCCGAUGAAGAAAAUAGCACAAUGUUUGCAGAAACCAGUGAAACGGACAAAUAUCUCUUUAAAUUAUUUCAAGAUAACCAGCAGACUCUUCAGGAUUUGGCAAAAAAUCCUGCUUAUGAGAAUAAAAAUCUGGCACAACUUAAGACUACUAUACUAGAAGAGUUCACAAAACCAGAGGAAGCAAGAGGGAUCAUUUUCACCAAGACCCGUCUCAGUGCAAUUGCCUUAAACCAGUGGAUUCAAGAGAAUAAAAAGUUUGAGGAAGCUGGAGUGAAAUCCAGUCACCUCAUCGGGGCAGGCCAUCAGAGUAUAAUAAAGCCAAUGACUGCGGCAGAGCAAAGAGAGGUUCUGGACAAAUUUCGUCAUGGUGAGAUCAACUUGCUUGUCGCAACUACGGUAGCUGAAGAGGGACUGGAUAUAAAGGAAUGCAACAUAGUUAUUCGAUAUGGCCUUGUAACCAAUGAGAUUGCUAUGGUCCAGGCAAGAGGAAGGGCAAGAGCAGAUGACAGCACUUAUGCUCUAGUUGCUAGUGAGGGAUCAGGUGUUGUUGAGCGUGAAGGAGUCAAUGUUUUUCGUGAGAAAAUGAUGAAGAAAGCCAUUGAGAAAGUACAAAGAUUAAUUCGAAAAGAUUAUGAGAAAAAGAUUAAGGGAUUUCAGAUUCAGGCUAUUAUGGAAAAGAGAGUGCGUACCAAGAAAAAGAAACAAAGGGUGCUUCAGGAAGAUCCAUCAAAAGUGAAGUUUAGUUGCCGAAACUGCAGCCAACUCAUCUGUUCUGGUGAAAACAUUGAGGUCAUUGAAAACAGUCACCAUGUAAAUGUUACUAAAGAAUUCAAAGAACUAUUUUUAGUGAGAGAAAAUAAAGCACUACAGGAAAGGUUCCUUGACUACGAAGUUAAUGGUGAAAUAGCAUGCAGGAAAUGUGCACAGGCUUGGGGUACAAUGAUGGUACACCGGGGAAUCGAAUGCCCUUGUUUAGGUAUCAAAAAUUUUGUGGUGUCCUUUGAAGACAAGCAAAAGAAAACCUUCAGCAAGUGGAGUGAGCUUGCAAUCAAGUUUCCAUCUUUUGACUACACUGAUCACGUCUUCCUGGAUGUAGAUGACUCUGAUGAUGAUUAGUCAGCUCCAUAUUUUAAAUCUUAUACUGUAUAUUUAAAUAUGUGAUUAUCUUAAACAGUGGAUAGAAAAACUGGGUACUUUUAUCUAUGCGUGUAUGUAAUGACUGUUGUUACAUCUGUUUCAAUAAAAAAAUUAGAAUGUCUCUGUUGUAUUUAAAUCAACUAAAUUAUGCAGUAGUAAAGGAACAAGUAAUAGGUUUAUUCCAUGCUGAAAAGAGAAUAAAGAAAGCACAACAUUUCGACUGUGGAG